AGGCUUGAUGUACCGACUGAACGGUCUUGACUUUUGCAGUACAGCUGGACCGCGAAGGGGGCGUGCCGCAGCAAGCGACGGUUAGUCAGCGGGUUUUUAGUUAUGGUGGUCGACACGUUGUUAAAUGAAGUUUAAAAGCACGUAGGAAAAAAACUCUACUUGUUCAAACUAUAACAGAGCAAACUGUGUCUGCCGUUUUGGAAACAAACCACGGGUUCCAAUGAAUUGCACCAGGGUGCUGCAGAUACUGAACCCCAGGCCAAUGCCAAGUCCAAUUAUGCCUGUGGAUGUGGCAAUGAGAAUUUGUCUGGCGCACUCGCCGCCUCUUCGCAGUUUCCUCAGUUCAUAUGACUGCAAGUCCAGGAACCUAGUCAACCAGUACAAACCUCUGAGAUCCUGCAUCAGUUCUAAGACAGAUGUGGACACUGAUAACCUAGGAUGGAAGAGUCCCGAGAUCAAAGCAAAAAAGAAAGUGGUUUUUGCUGACUCCAAAGGCAUGUCUCUGACAGCAGUCCAUGUGUUCAAGGAAUUCGAGGAAGACCCCAUGUUAGACCUGCAGUUCGAAUUGUCAGACCUGGAGGAUGCCAUUGUGGGCCUGAAAGUGGAGAAGGAGAAGAAUUUGAUUUUGGAUUUCCCUCAGCCUGCUGCAGACUAUUUGGACUUCCGGAACCGUCUAAAGAAGAACCUGGUAUGCUUGGAAAACUGUAUAAUUCAAGAGAGAUCGCUCACCGGCACAGUCAAAGUGAGCAAUGUAGGCUUUGAGAAAAUUGUCCAUGUGCGAAUAACAUUUGAUUCAUGGAAAAGCUACACUGACAUUCCUUGUACGUACAUGAAUAAUGUUUAUGGUUGCGAGGACGUUGACACUUUCUCGUUUUCCAUCGACCUUCCAAGUUUUGUGCCCUCACAUGAGCAGGUGGAGUUCUGCAUAUCCUACAAAACUCAUGAUAGCACAUACUGGGACAAUAAUGACGGGAAAAAUUACAAGCUGGUACAUGCAGAGAAUGACCCCAGCCAGACCAGUGUAACCCAAAAGACGACGACAGAUUUCAAGAAUCAAGGCAAACGGCCAGAGAUGGAAUUCGAUCAAUUCGGGAGCCCGAGAACAUCUAGUGGGUUCUUCCCCGAGUGGCAGAGUUGGGGUCAUAUUGAAAACACCACCCCCUACUGGUGACAGUUCAAGACCCCGAACUUAAAGUAAAUGCUGUAACAAGGACAACUGACUUUUGAAAAGUCUGAAGAGUAGAAAUAAGCAAUGGCAUCUUCAAAAGGAAACCCUUUUGGCUAUGUGUGUCUUUCGCACUGUCUGAAUGAAUUCAAUAUUGGUGUAUGUUUUGGAGAUGCACAUUUAGUUUAAAUAGAGAUGUUUGGACUCUGAAGUUAUGCAAAUUUGAGACUAACCACGUUAACAAUAUGGCAGUUACUCAGAAUGAGAAAUGUUGGUUUAUGUUAUUUUUUAUUAUUUUGUAGCACACUACAUACACUAUUUUGUAGAUCUGACAUGGGGUAAACCAAUAAUUUUCAUAACAUAGAUGCCUUCCUUCCUGUUAUUCUGUGAUUAACUGUAUUACAAUGGUAUUGUUUUGGAUAUCUUUCCAAAUGUCUUUGAAUUAAGAAAACAACUAGCAUUUGCUCUGAAAUAGAUUCGACAACAUACUGUUUUGUUACUUUAAAGGGUGAUAAUUUUGUUACUCAAUCUAAAGUCAGUGAAUUUUGGGAAUCCUGCUUCUGAAAUGUGACUGGAUGUUAAUAUGUUAUGAUUAGUCAUCUUUAAAGGGGUAGUUCAUCUGAAAAUGAUUUUUCUUAUUUAUUCAACUUCAUUUCCUUCAAAACCUGAAUGCAUUUCUUUCUUUUACCACUAUAAAAGAUACUGAAAAAAAAAGAUUAACACGUUUAUAGUGACAUGAAGGUGAAUAAAUGAUGACAACAUUUUGGGUGAAUUGUCCAUUUAAGAGCAGAUGAACCAGCACUGCAUAAAAUGUGUGUAAUUUACAGAUUAUGGAAUAAUCUGGUACAAUAAUAUGGUACAAUAAGAGAUUGCUUCAUAUUGAAGUUUGUGCAUCUCAUUUGAUAGUACCAGUUUAUCUGUCACUUUCUAGUGAAUGCACUAAAAGCGUGAUGCAUUAUAAGGGAGUCCAUGAGAGAUAAUAAUGCCCAUCAAGUGCUAAAUCCCUGCUGUUGCACUUCGGUUGUUUCCUAUGUUUGUUCUACUUUUUUAAAUCUGCACUUUUCCUACAAUUUCUUUCCUACAACAUUUUUGCUGCUAUGGUAUUGUGCGUGGCUGUGUGUGCUGCAUCAUGAUUUUUAUGACCCGUGCUUUGUGGAAACUCUCUAGUGUUAUUUGGAGGAUAGAAGAUGAGGAUUUAGAUGUAACUUUAAGAAAGUCGCAGUAAGUCAGGAAGAGUGGAUAAAGAGAGUGAUAAUACUGAAUGAGAUUGUUGUUUUUUCAUGAUUGUUUUUCCCCCUUCCGCUGCAAAAGAAAAACAGGUUGAGGCCUUGAACGAAGGUGAUUGUGGACUGUGAUGAACCAUGAGCUGCUGUAAUUGCGGAGAGGGAUCAUGUAGGUUGAAUGUAAAAAGGGGCCUACACAAGCCACAGUGUAUGCCUACAUAUUUUUCUACUGCUAAGUAAGAUGUUUGUUUGAAAGAAUGUUGUACUAUACUCUGUGUUCCUGCUAGAAAUAAAACCUAAUGUUUCCAUUA